UUGUCUAUAAACAAACGGAGCAACAAAAAUUACAUAAGCACGAAAGAGAUAACAAGCAAACGAACGAUACUGUUUUGAUUUCCACGCACUAUAGGCACUUGAAUUGAAGACCACAAAACUGCAAGGUACGAUAAGAGGUAUGAAUAAAAUCAUUACGGCCCCCUUCUUAAAACAAGCAUCCAGUGUCCUGUGUAAAAACAUCCUACAGCAUCAUCAUCAUCAUCAAAUUUCUAGUAUCUUUAAGCUAUCUACCAAAUCUUAUUGCUACUUCAACAUGAAACCGAAAGUUUACGUUACCCGGAAUGAUUACGCCCGAAUCGGUUAUGAUUUGCUCAAAGAAGAAUGUGACCUAACGGUUUGGGAUGAAUCUUCGCCUGUUCCGAGGGAUGAAUUUCUGAAAAAUGUAGCUGGUAAAGAUGCAAUCUUUUGCUCCCUGAAUGAUCGCAUCGACAAGGAGUUGUUGGAUCAGGCUGGUCCCAGUCUGAAGGUUGUAGCGACGAUUUCGGUUGGAUUUGAUCAUAUCGAUGUCAAACAAUGCCGGGAACGUGGCAUUCGAAUCGGCUACACUCCGGAGGUGCUAACAGAUGCCACUGCUGAGCUAACAAUGGCCCUACUGCUGGCCACCACGCGGAGGCUGUUUGAAGCUAACCAUGCUGCCAGAACCGGUGAUUGGAAGGAUUGGUCUCCAAUGUGGAUGUGCGGAACUGGAUUGAAGGGCACCACCAUAGGAAUCGUUGGUUUCGGGCGCAUUGGGCAAGAAGUUGCCAAACGGUUGUUUCCCUUCAAACCGGCACGAAUCCAGUUCACCAGCCGAACGGACAAAUGUUUCACUGCUGAAGAAUUGGCAGUCAGUCAGGUACCUUUUGAUGAGCUUGUCGAAACUAGCGAUAUCGUAAUAAUCGCCUGCUCUUACAACAUUCAAACUGCCAAUCUCUUUAAUGAUUCGGUAUUCUCGCGGAUGAAACCAUCGGCAAUACUGAUUAAUACUAGCCGCGGGGGCAUUGUGGAACAGAAAGAUCUUAUACAUGCACUGAAGGCAGGUAAAAUUAGAGCAGCUGGUCUAGACGUAACCACCCCGGAACCCCUGCCACUAGAUAAUCCUCUGUUUCAGAUGAGUAACGUGGUAGUUCUUCCACACAUUGGAAGCGCCGAUUUAGAAACACGCAUAGAAAUGUCUCGUAUUACGGCGUGCAACAUCCUAGCGGGUUUGAAGGGGGUUAAAAUGAUUUCGGAAAUUUAGAAAGAUGAUAGGAAACUCGGUGUUGAAUCUUAUUUCGCCCGUUAAAUUAUAUUGUUGAGUUGAAAGAA